ACUAAGGAUAUAAUUCCCCUAUUGUUGAUUUUUGCCUCAUCAGAUGUUGAUUGUCUUGGGUUCUAAUUACAGCGUUAACGGUCUACUUCUGGGUUUCACCUGCGAGUCAAGAAUGGCCGCUAACUAUGCUACUGUAGAAAGGUGAGAAUUAGGGGUUUGUAAUCGGGCAAUUUACCAUGAAUACACUGUUGCUUCUGGCGUUAAUGGUUUUCUGCCAUGGGAUUUCCUCAUAUGGAGUUGUUACAAAUGUUUCUACAAGACCUGAUGUGGACUCCAGUUACAGCGGAUUCCUUGGCAUUGUUGAGACCUUGCAGUUCAUGGAGAAAGACACCGUAGCAAUUAUUGGUCCCCAACUUUCAGUAACAGCUCAUGUAGUAUCUCACAUUGCUAAUGAGCUCCAAGUUCCUCUAUUGUCAUAUUCAGCAACAGACUCCACCCUGUCUCCACUUCAGUUCCCUUUCUUUGUUAGAACUUCCCAUAGUGAUCUUUUUCAGAUGGCUGCAAUAGCAGAAAUUGUGGACCACUAUGGAUGGAAAGAGGUAAUUGCAAUCUAUGUUGACGAUGACCAAGGCAGAAAUGGGGUUGCUGCAUUAGGAGACAAGCUUGCUGAGAGACGUUGUAAGAUCUCAUACAAAGCACCUAUGCCCCCUGAACCCACCCGGGAUAACGUCACCGAUGUGCUGGUUAAGGUUGCUUUAACCGAGUCUCGGAUUAUUGUUCUUCACACUUAUGCCGGUCAGGGUCCAGAGGUUCUUAACGUUGCAAAGUACCUUGGGAUGAUGGCAACUGGGUAUGUGUGGAUUGCUACUAACUGGCUCUCUACCAUACUAGAUACUAAUUCUCCAGUCGCUUCAGAUGUAAUGAACGACUUUGAAGGAGUUAUUACAUUGCGUAUGUACACACCAGAUUCAGAAGUCAAGAGAAAAUUUGUUUCUAGGUGGAGUAACUUGACCCGUGCAAAGAGUACUAAUGGCUCUUUUGGACUAAGUACUUAUGGUCUAUAUGCCUAUGAUACUGUUUGGCUGCUUGCGCAUGCAAUUGAUGCAUUUUUUAAUCAGGGGGGAAUUAUCUCAUUCUCAAAUGAUUCGAGGUUAACUGACGUACAAGGAGGGAGCUUGAAUCUUGAUGCUAUGAACAUCUUUGAUGGAGGGAAGUUGCUGCUUAAGAGCAUUUUGCAGGUCAAUAUGACUGGUAUAACAGGACCAAUCAAUUUUACUUCUGAUAGGAACUUCAUUUAUCCUGCAUUUGAAGUCAUUAAUGUCGUUGGCACAGGGUUUAGGAGGAUCGGUUAUUGGUCUAAUUAUUCUGGGUUAUCACUCGUCCCUCCAGAAAUGCUUUACACAAGCCCACCUAAUCGUUCCAGUGCAAGUCAAAGGCUAAGCUUCAUAAUUUGGCCUGGAGAAACAACACAGCGACCUCGUGGGUGGGUUUUCCCAAACAACGGAAGAGAAUUGAGAAUUGGAGUCCCAAAAAGAGUUAGCUUUCAAGAAAUGGUGUCAGAAGUGGGCAGUGACAUGUUCAAAGGGUAUUGCAUUGAUGUAUUUACUGCUGCAGUGAACUUGUUGCCAUAUGCCGUCCCAUAUAAACUAUUUCCAUUUGGCGAUGGUCGUAAUAACCCAAGUGGCACUGACCUUGUGCAGCUGAUCACAACGGGUUUCUAUGAUGCAGCAAUAGGGGACAUCGCAAUCAUCACCAACCGAACAAGAAUAGUGGAUUUUACACAACCAUAUAUCGAGUCUGGGCUGGUAGUAGUGGCCCCAGUUAGGAAGUCAAAUUCUAGUGCUUGGGCAUUUUUAAGGCCAUUCACUCUACAGAUGUGGGGUACCACAGCUAUCUUUUUUCUCAUUGUGGGAGCAGUUGUUUGGAUUUUGGAGCAUAGAAUAAAUGAUGAAUUCCGGGGUCCCCCA